AUGAAGAAUUUUCGCUUUCGGGAAACUUUUGACUUACCAGAAAAUUUGUCUUUCGGAAUCUCUGUUGAUAAGCAACUAUCGGACAAUAUCUUAUCCGUUCUUCACUCUAUGUCCUACAGUGUAGAACGUUUCGCUGAACCCUAUCCCGUCAACUUACCAGCUCACGACGACAUGUCGUCAAAGUCGAGGCAAAAGCAGCCCAGUUUUAAAGGAGUAUCCGCCUCCGAUGCGGAAGUUAAAUACAAGAGGAAAUAUAAAGAACUCAAGAAAAAGAUCCGAGACAUGGAAGAGGAAAACGAGAAGUUGACCCUCAAAUUAACCAAAGCAAAAAAGAAUAUACAACGAUUGCGGAUAGAGCGGAGUUUCCUAUUUGACCGAUUAGAACAAUCACAACCCACGAAUGAGUCUGAAUCAGAGCAAUCAUCUUCGCCACAAAGAGCGAUAGAUUCUGAGGAGGAAUUAUCUUCGGUGGGUAGUGAUGAUAAUGAUGAUAAUGGCUCACAAACUACUUCGAUGAAACAAAGACAAACCAGAGAUCCUAACGCAUCCAAAAGUUCAAAGAAUACAAGAAGGGAAAACCAAAAUAAAGAAUCCACUCGUAAAUUGGGUCAAGAGUGUGGGAUACUAUCCAUGGAAGAAAAGGAGAGAUAUAUUGAUACAUGCAAACAGGAAAAGCAACGCAAUGAAAAAGAAAAGUCCGCAUGUGUCAGCGCGUCUCUACCUGAGUCCAUCUAUCCAGAUGAUAACAACGGGGACGAUAUAAAUUACCAACAUAAGUGUGACGAAAAGUCGGAUGGGAGUAAUUCUUCUCCGCUAUCUCAAAUGGUGAUAAAAACUGCUGCCACGAAGGUGGCUUCGAAUCACUCAGAUAUUUACGAUGAACAAUACAUGGAUAAUAAGGAUGUUUGUUCAGAUAUCGAUAUCAAAGAGACGAUGACAGGUGAUAGAAUUAUGGAUGACCUAGUUUCUGGAAGUGAAGAAGAGUUGAUUGAUGAAUUAGCUUCGGAUAGUGGUGGCGGUAUCAACAACGGGCUACGACAACCUCAUAACAAUAAUGAACAUAAAGAUGAGGUAAAAGAGAAUUAUCAUAAUGAUGAUGAUGAAAAGGAAGUUUGA